AUGGCGAGUACCAGAGUUCUGUGGCGUGCCCAGGAACCUGUCAUAUAUACGUGUUCUGUUUGUGAUAGCGAAGACAACGUAAACUGGUUCUGUAAUGACUGUCAGGAGGCUUUAUGUGACCAAUGUAAGGAAUACCAUACAUGGUGGAAGAAAUCUAAACACGAUGACGUUGUAUCGAUAGGGAAGGUUAACCGUCAGAUCGACAAACCUGUAUCAGAGGUAUGCAAACUACAUCCCGGUAAAUUAUGUGACGGGUACUGUUGUGAUUGUGACAUGUUGGUGUGUUCGAUAUGUCUUUCACAGACACAUAAACACCAGGACUGGAAACAUUUGGAAGACGAAUUUACAUUGAAAAAACAACAUAUGAAAGAACACAUGACAACAAUUUCUGCGAAAAUUACACAUUUCAAGAACGACACUUUAAUGCUCCAUCGUGCUAAGAAAGAAAUUGUUGACAAUAUUGAUGGAAUGCGAAAAGAGGUGAACUCUCAGAGGACCAAACUAAAGGCAGAAGUAGAUGAUAUCGCGGAUACAGUGCUGACAGAGUUAUCGGCCUUGGAGAAAGAAGGGCUGGGUCAGUCCGAUGAAGUCCGUCAACAAUUCGAGAAAAAUGUGAGCGAAUUGACACGUCUUCUUGUAAAAGCGGAAUUGAAGAAUUCAUCAAAUGUGUCCAUAUUUGAAACGGAGAGGUCAUUGAGGUCAACUCUGCCGUUGUAUGACGUAAACGUGGGAAAUAGUUCCCAAAAAAUCCCAAGCUUUGUUACCGGAAGUAUUAACCGCAGUCUGUUAACGGAAAUGUUUGGAGUAUUAAUCCGUUCGAAACAGUACGCGAAGGUAGACAUCAACAGUAACCACGUUAAACAACUAUCUAAGUUCACUGUCGGUCAAAACAUACUCAAUAUAUGUGCAAUAGACGACAGGCAUGCGUGGUUAUCAAUUUACAAUCACAAAGGUCUUGUACUGGUCAACAGGGAGGGUGUGGUCACAGAGGAAAUGAAACUGGACUUUUGUCCGUACAGAAUAGCUAUGAUAGGGGCAACCGACGUACUUAUGUCUAGUGAUCCAUCCAGUACAUCAGUGUAUAAACUAUCACUACACAACAAACAAGUGACAACAUUUGCUGACAUCAGUCCACAUCAAGCAAGUGACAUCAGCAUCAACAAGACAGGCGAUGUGUUUGUUACUACCGAAACACCAGACAUAGUGGUACUGAAUCAGUCAGGUACGAUUGUAAGGAAGUUUUCCUGUGGGAAGGAUAUAUCACUGUAUAUAACUAGUUUGUCAUCAGGACGCCUGGGUGUGGUGGUAGGUGACUGGGGGAAAAUGAAAAUAGUCAUGACAGAUGAGUCAGGUACGGUCAAAAACAGAUGGACAGGUGAACUGGACAACGGUCGAUCAGCUCGAGAUAUCUUUCUAUGUAAGAUGUCAUGUGACGAGUACGACAGACUAUUUAUACCAGACUACAGUAACAAUCAGAUAUAUGUCCUACCGAGUGAUGAGAAACAGGCCAAGUGUCUUUUGGACCAGAAACAUGGAGUGGUUUUACCUACAGUUGUGAGUGUGGACAAGUUUGGGAACGUGUGGAUUGGAUGUUUGGACGGUACUGUACACAUCAUACGACUGUAA